AUGUUGUAUGUUCUGCUUCUUCUUGCUUUGAUAUGUUCGACGAUUGUGAGUGCAAGAACGCCUCACAUGAAGAACGAGACAGACAUAGAGCAACGAAGAGGAGGACCGGGAGGUCCUGGUGGACCUAAAGGGCAAGGCCCUCCCAAUGGACAACGCGGACCGCGUGGACCUGGAGGACCCGGUGGACCCGGCGGACCUAAAGGACAAGGCCCUCCAAAUGGACAACGCGGAUCAAGACCACCUCACACGAGAGCUACCACGCAGGCCACGAAACAGUAGCAAUGACAAUAGAACGGUUCAGAAUUAUUUCUGAACAUCUUGUGAUCA